CCCUCUCGCUCGUUUGCUUCGCCAGGAACCGUAUGCCCAACAGCUUGUAGGCACGCACGGAUAAUUCGGUGUGUUAAACUUUAAACAUAUGAAAUAUUUUUAAGUUUUUCGCUUCUUUAUUGACCGUAACAUUUUGAUUGUGUUUGUUGUUUGUGUAGGCUACGCAUCCAAAAAAAUCAACACGUUUUACACGGCGCCACUACAACAAUGUUUGCCCAACUUCAUAACCGCUAUGAGGCUUUGUUGAAUGAAAAUAACUUUGUGACAGAUCUCCUAGCUACGAUGGAGGAGAAAACUGGGAUACAGAAGAAAUAUAUCGCUUCAGGUGUGGUCUCUCUGAUCAGUCUGUAUCUGUUGUUUGGCUAUGGAGCCUCUCUCCUCUGUAACCUGAUUGGCUUUGUCUACCCAGCGUACCUCUCAAUCAAGGCCAUAGAGAGUAAGAAGAAAGACGAUGACACUCAGUGGUUGACCUACUGGGUGGUCUACGGAUUCUUCAGUAUUGCAGAGGCUUUCUCUGACAUCUUCCUCUCCUGGUUCCCCUUCUACUAUGCUGGCAAGUGUUUGUUCCUGGUGUGGUGUAUGGCUCCGGUGACGUGGAACGGUUCUGCUAUUCUCUACUCCCGUGUGGUCCGUCCCGUGUUCCUCAGACACCAGGCCACCCUGGACAGUGUCGUCAACAACCUGAGUGAUAAGGCCAAGAACAUUGCUGAUACUGUCACGAAAGAAGCUGUCAACCAGGUCCUCAAGAAUGACAAGAACCAGUGACCGACCGAUGUAUGACCACAAGCCUCAAAGACGCCUCGACUCCAAUAAACACACAGAACCACACAACCGAGUGUGUGAUGUCCCAUGAAGGAUGAUAAUGGACCGUGUCACGUGAUCAGUGGCCGGUGACCACCCUGCAGCACACACAAGGGACUUUGUUUUUUCACGUUCUAGUCUGUCUUUUUAAGUUGCAUGUAUCAAUGUUAUAUGAUGAGUUUCCCAUAAUCCAGGCGUUGUGGCAUCUGAUAAUCGGCGCAGCGUGACCUGUUUUUAAAGACCGGUUGGAAUGCAACCAGAAGCUUAGGGUAGCCACCACACAAUCCAGCUGACCUCUAAACAAUGCGAAUGUCUUAAUGUAAUCUGUAGCCUACUGUCAGGUAACCCAUGUGCUGUAGAUAUCUGUGAAUCAGUGGACUCUCUCUAGAACAAAAAUGGCCCCAUAAUAAUGGAUUGGGAAACACUACCAGGGGGUAGGGCCUAAUGGAGGUGUCUAGGGAGUAGAGUCUAGGGGUAUGUUUGGGAUAGAGCCAUUCUGAGCUGGGUCAUUUCCUACAAGGUAGCCAUGUUAUUUCAGUCUCUUGUAGUUAGUGCAUACAGUAGCAUGUCUCCGCAAUGUCUGCAGAUCUGUGCCAAAGAUUUUUACUCCAUCACCCUGCCUGAACAAAAUUAUUUAUGUAUGUAAACUGAACUGGAAAGUAUUUUUGUUUAGUACGUUCUCUAUUCUCAUUGUCUUUAAUAAAUCAAACUGGAACUGGA